AUGCCACAUCCAAGGCGAAGAAAAUUUUCAGUAAAAAAUAAUUUAAUAACCAAUGGUAUAACACAAUUUCAAAAUGCAAAGCUAGUCAGUAAUUAUGAUAUCAAAAAUGAUGUAAAACCUACUACAUCUUGUGUAUCAAAGGUUGAUUGUGAUGAGCUGACUCUUCCUAUUAUAACAAUAUGUAAGGACGAUAGAAAAAGCAUUGUUAAAGAUAAAUCAGUUAUAUUAAACAUAAGCAAUUUAAAUAAUGCCAAUACAUCUACUACAUUUUCUAAAAAGUCUUUAGUAACAGCAAAAGAAGACACAACAAAAAUUCAAACACAAUCUGAUAUACAAAAAGCGGCAAUAAAAAGAAGCAGACAUGCUCGGCAACAUAAAAUAAAAAUAAGAAAUAUUAAGCGUACAAUUCCCUGGACAGGUAGCCAAGUAAUAACUCAACUGUCCAUAGGAACGGAUACAGAAGACUUGAAAACAAUUCCUGACACGUUAAGCAUAGAAAAAAUAACAGAUAAUUAUAACAAUGAAGCAUUAUCUAAAAGUUAUUCCAUUGAGGACAUGUGUCGUAUAUGUCAUGGAGGUGACACGUUUUCUCAAGAACUUGGCACUUUAAUAUCGGCGUGUUCUUGUCGAGGGACGGUAGGAAGAGUGCAUAUACGAUGUUUGGAACGUUGGUUAACGGAAUCUGGAAAGUCAAGGUGUGAAUUAUGCGGUAUUCGUUAUGUCACUCGUCGUGUCCACAGAUAUGGUGUUCCUAAAGGUCUAAUUAUGUGGAUUUUAAGUCAAAAUGCUAAACAGGUACACACGUGA